AUGGCCGGUGGGACCCUAGCUCUGCGGUAUUGCUCCCUGUGGCCUCCCAUCUCCUGGACGGAGGUGCCUGGAUCCUGGUCCGAAAGGCACCUCACCAGCAGCGGUGUCGGCCACCGCAUUAUCCCAUCCGUGUCCUUUCCCUCGCCCACUGUGCAGGUGAAAGGACUCCGGCUCCUGGGCCAGAUGGGCUGGGGGCCCAAAUGCUUGUGUCUGAAGGAGGAGGGGCUGGUCCACGGUCGCGGAGCCCCUACCCCCGGCCGCAAAGCAAGGUCCGCACAUCUGGGCUUUCGACGAGGUCGUCAGCAGGUGGGAGACCACCUCGGGCUCGGCUCACGUGCCCAAGACCCAUGGCGGCCCCUGCGCGCAGCCCAAGGCCCCAGAGCCAGGGGACCCCAUGCGAACUGUGGGGAUCAAGGAUUUAGGGGAAAAGCUCAAACACAGAGGCUGGCGCCUCCCUCUGAUCACGAAGCACCACUGCAGCGAAAUGAGGGCGCAGUACACCGGCUGGCCCGACCUGGAUCCGCGCGCCACCUUUCACAUCGGGCCCCAACCCGGAGCUUGCGGACCACCACCGCAGAGGCCCUUCGCAGGAACUCCGAGCUGGCCGGCCAGCCUUUUACCGUAUCCGACCAGGGCAUCCUGGACCGCCAUCAGCUCUACCUGACCACCACGGCCGGCGACUUCCGCGCCUACCCGAAUGUCAACCCUCAGAAACCUGCGGAAGGAGUUGUCCAGAUACGCCUGCAAGGACUCGCUGACCUACUGGAGCUUCGAGGAGACGCCCCAGGCCUGGGGCCACGGCCCACAGCGGCCGCCCUGUCCGCGCUCCUCUCGGCCUCCCCGGCCGCCACGGAUCCGCGUGCCCCGCGUGCGCUGUCUCUGGCCCAAGAGUCGUAUAGCCCCCCACUGCACCCACUCCGCGGGCUCGACCGUUUCUGCCCGCUGGAGGCGCCCUGGGGCGGUCCCCACUGGAAGCCAGUGCCGGCCAUUCACAGCGUGCUGCAAGCCUACCGCACCGAGAACUCACACUACGGCAGCGGCAAGCCCGCGCUGGUCUAG